GGCAAUUUAACUAAUGAGGAUUUAGAUAGUGAAGAUAUUGAUGAUUCAAUUGAUUAUUCCGACGAUUGUUUAGAUGAUGAUGGCCCCAAUCUUAAUCGCAAUGAAGAAGAUGGCGCCACUGAAGAUGAUUUAAAUGAUGUGGCUUCCGAUUUAGAAAGUGACAUAACACAUAAUUCAUUGUCAUAUAACGACAACGACGACAAUUUGCAACAACAGCAUAACUACAACAAUCACCAGCAGCAGCAACAACGUUUGCAACAUCAACAUAAGAAACAGAAACAGCAAAACAAACAACAAAAACAUCAACUUUGUCAUUCAAGUGACAUCGAUGAAAACCAAACGAUAAACGUGUCUUCUCAUCAUCAUCAUCCUCAACAGCAACAUCUUCAAUCUUCUUCUCGUGAUUGUAUUCAAACUAAGCUACUUAAAUCUGCUGAUGUUUCAUCGGAUGAUGAAGGUUGGUUGUAUACAUCGGCUCCAGUAGCUACAAAUCAACAGCAGCAACAUACGUUUGGCGGCGGUAUUGAAAGUUUAAAUUCUCCGCAUAUUUCAAGAGGCAUUGCAGCAGGAGCUUCCAAUGAAAUUCAUGUUAUAGAUGGUGGCAUACAAUCGUCUACGGUCUCAUCGUCAACAGCUGGAGGAACAUCUGUUGCAGCAGCAGUAGCUUUAGCUUCGGCUAUAUUGGCCGAAGAUUCUGAUAAGGAAAAUAAAGAGGCCGCCUGUACUACUUCUCUAACGCAAAUACUUUUAAACACAAAUCAAACCUUUGUCGCCAGUACCACAGUUGUGGAUAGCAACAGUAGCAGCAGCAACAGUGGCAGUGAUACUAAUACAAACCCUACACAACAACAACUUGCCACUUGCAGAUCCAACCCAACUGGUAGCAGUUCUAGCAGUAGCAUAACAAGUAGUUCUUAUUCAUCUAAUGAUCGCCUAACCGAGGCCACAACUACCACCUCUACGAAAACAAUUACAACACAAAUUUUUAAAUAUCCAACAACACAACAUCCUCCUCAAUAUCGCAGCGAAAUGGAAUUACAAAUCAAUAACAAUAACAACAAUAAUAAUAAUCAUCAUCAUCAAAGAAUGAUGAAAGAAAAUACUUUAUCUGCUGCAACAGCCAACAACAACAAUAAAUCAACACUAGCCACAAAUAUGCCUCAUCUUGUCAUUAACCACAAUAACAGCAGCAGCAGCAACAACAAUAAUAAUUAUGCCAAUUCACCUCCAUCUUCAACCACAAAUUCCCCCCUGAAUAAAUAUUGUGCUACCGGUACUGCCACAACAUCAUCUCUCCAGAAUUCUUCAGGUCCAUCCGCCAUUACGACUGCUGUUAAUGAUUCGAAUGGCAAUGUUGAAAAGGAAAAUAUACGCUUUUAUACACGUGCAGAUAUUUGUAAUAUCAGUGUCAGGACUCCAAACCAAUGCAAUGACAACCACUACCACCAACAACAACAGCAGCAUCACCAACAGUUGGCAAAUAUUCAUAAUGCAUCACCAUCAUCAGUAACGUCUACUUUGUAUGGUGGUCAACAUUUGUUGCAUGUAAAUGUUGGCAAACGUUUGCCACCACGUUCACCAGCCAAAUCAAGUAUUUCUCAUACUUCAACAAAUACCAGCACAUCGACCAUUUCACCCACUAAGGGUAAAGUAUCGCAUGAAUCCAUCAAACAGUUGGUACUUGAAGCAGAGCAUUUAGUACGUGACGAAGCUUUGAAAACACCAACCAAACAAAAGCAUUCCAGUAGUAACAACAAUAAUAAUAAUAAUAACAGCGCCGGCGGCGGUAAUAUAGUGCAAAUUUCCACAACUGUAAAAAAACGUGAAGUUUUAAUGCCGGGUCCCAUAAAACGAGUACAAGAGUGGCUGGAACAUCAACCCUCUACACCCGUACAAAUGUCUAAAACUACAACAUCCUCCAACCAUCAUCACUCUAGUGAUGAUCAUCGUCAAUUAUUAACAUCUGCCUGUGCUGCUGCCAGUCCCUCACGCACUGAUGAUUGUGAGGCCUCGGGUGAAGCCUCUGAAACGGAUUCUAUACCUCAACAUUGUUCCGAUACCUCAGAGGUUUCUGAUUCCAUAGCGACUUGCAUGCAAACCAGUACAAAUUCUUAUGGUAAUUCCACAGAACGUAUUGGUGGUUCUGCCGAACCCAUUGUCAAUGCUGCUACCAGUAAUCAAAGUCUUAAUGUCAAGGUGGUGAAACGUCAACAGAAUCGCCGUAAAUCGGAGAGACCCUGGUCGGUGUCCUGUCUCUCGCAAUUGACCACCGAUGCCAAUCAAGUGGCUGCCAAAGUUAAUACCAUUAGUAAUGUACAAUCUGGUUUAGCUUCUCAUUCUAUAAGUGAAUCUGCCUUAGACUCUCUAUCCCCUGGCAGGCCUAGAGCCUCCUCUUCCUCAGCUGUUACCCAAGUUAAGAGUUAUGAUAGUAAGGGUUCUCUGAAGAGACGUAAAACUCGCAAGAAGAAACUUUCCUAUACGAAUGGCAAAAAGUCGGAUACAAAUUCUGAGGACAAUAAUAGUCCACAACAUCAUCAUCAUAAUUUAUACAAUCAUCAUCCUACAACUCAUCAAGAGGAGGUGACCUUGACACCCAAACAUGCUCCCAAUUUAUUAAUGCAAACCUGUGAAAAUAUGACUCCUCAGCAGAUACAGGAGAUAACACAGGCCCUAAUGCAAUUACAAAAUACCGAAUCCACAGAACAAUUACAACAUCCUCAGUUAUCAAUUGUGGUUAAUGGUGGCUCCAAUGAAAGUGAGGAGGAAAAUCAUUUAAUGAAACCAAAUUUCCGUGUGGGUUCUUUCACCACUGCCUAUAUGACUAAUGAGGCCCGUUUGGGGUCUUUGGCUGCUUUAGCUACUUAUAUGAACGAUGAGGAACAGCAAGGAGAAUACAACACUACUGGCACCGAAGAUCAUCAUAGUAGUUUCUCCGAAACAGCCUGGGAUAAUUAUCAAGAAAAAUAUAAUUCUGAAAAUUAUUCUGAAGGUUUUGAUUCAGAUGCUGCACGUAAAUUAUUAGAAUUUGGGGAUGAUUAUCGCAAUUUCAUUGACUCCCAGUCCGAUUGUUGCUCUUCAUUGUCGGCUGCUAAUAAUUUAGAUUCAUUCUCACCACCUCGCAUGGAUUCAUUGCAACAGAAUGAAUCGAAAAUCAUAACACAAGAUACAAUUGUCAGUAGUGUGGAUCAUGCCAGACGUCGUAGAGCUUUAGAAUUGGAAUACGAAAGACGUCGCAAAAAUUUAGAAAUCAGACGCAAGUCUUGUCAAGAAUCUUUGGAAUAUCACAAUCCCAAAUCACCAGCCGUUAUCACGACUCUAUCCUCCUCUACACAGGCUUUGACUCCGAAAAAUUCUGAUCGUUUCAAUUUCCAACAUAAAACAGAAACGGCAACACGUAAAUUAGAAUUUGGCAUGAGUCAUUCGGCCCAAUCAUUGCGUCGUACAUCGGAAAGUGAUACGUCACAGCGACGUCGUAAGGCCGAUGAACGUAGACGUUCAUCACGUAAUCUAGAGAAAUGUAUUAAAUUGAUACCAGCAACAUCAUCUUCGUCGGGCGAUGACACAGAUGAUGAAAAGGAAAUACGUAAUUUGUUGCAACAAUCGCACAAUCGUUUAGAAGAUACAAAAGCAUUAAAGAUACGUUGUCAUCUUUUAAGACCAGAAGAUUAUACUGAAAUUAUAAAUACUUGUCGUGAUAAUAUACGUUGCUUGGAAUCAGUUCUCAAAGGUCCCACUAGUUCGGUUUUAUCCUCACAGUGUGUUACACAAUCUAAAGGUGAGUUAAAACUUUACAUCCAUAUCGAUUGUCAAUGUGCGCCCAUUACCCGUUUUAUUGCUCGCAUUAUUGAAUUCAUACUCGACGUUAGUAAUUUCCUAGAACAUUUUACUUUAUAUAAGUUUUUCUUAAGUACUUUAAAAAAUCUUUACACUUUAGUCAAUUGUCAUUUAACGAAUAUCGAAAGAGCUUUAGAAUAUUUUCGUAAACUAUUGUAAAUUAUGUUAAAUGAAAAUGCAUACUUUUUUUUAAAGAAUUGUUAAAUAAUAUGUUGCUGUUUCAUAUGUUUGCAAAAUAUACAAUCGAAUAUCGAAUAAAAGACAAAAAUUGUGAUAAUUUUUUAUA